AUGAAUUGGGAUAGCAACAACAACAACAACAAAAACAGUAAUAAUAAUAAUAAUAAUAGUAGUAGUAGUAGUUAUAAUAUUAAUAAUAAUUAUAGUAGCUUUAAUAAUAGUAAUAAUAAUAAUAUAAAUAAUAAUAAUAUAAAUACUAAUAAUAAUAAUAAUAAUAAUAAUAAUAAUAAUAAUAAUAAUAAUAAUAAUAAUAAUAAUAAUAAUAAUAAUAAUAAUAAUAAUAAUAAUAAAAAUAAUAGCAGUAAUAAUUAUCAUUUAGCUCAUAUUAAUGUUUAUCAACAAUAUCCAAUAAAACCAUUACCUAUAUCAUUUAAUAGUUUUAAUACAAAUAUGUUUCAACAACAGCAGCAACAACAACAACAACAACAGCAACUGCCACAACAUCUUCCACCAUUAGGUAGUAGUGGUAGUAGUAAUGGUGGACCUAAUUUAAUGGGAUAUGCUCAAAUUCCACCAAACUAUUUUAAACCUUUAUCACCACCCUCAUUCCAUCCACCAACUUCACCACAAUCAUUUUUUAAUAAUAAUACUAAUAAUAAUAAUAAUAACAAUAACAAUAAUAAUAAUAAUAUUAAUAUUAAUAUUAAUAAUAAUAAUAAUAGUAACAAUUAUAUUAAUGAUAGUACUAAUAGUAAUAACUUAAAUACAAGUAAUGGAGCAAUUAAUACAUCUAGUCAUUUGUUUAUAAAUUCACCAAACCAUCAUAGUGAUAACAGAUCAUUCAUUGAAUCUAGGUCACCUGCUUCAAUGAAUGCAUCACCAAUUCAUUUCAAUGAUCCAACUUUUAAAGUACCUGUACAUUUACCAUCAUUAUCAAUUACAAAUUCACCAUCUUUAAACUCUUCAAUUGAUAGUAGCUAUAGAUUAAACAACAACAACAACAAUAAUAAUAAUAAUGGUAGUAAUAAUAGCUCUUUUAAUUCAACUCCAACUAAAUUUGAACAAUUACAAUUACAACUUCAACAACAACAAUUACAACAACAAUUACAACAACAACAACAAUUACAACAACAACAACAACAAUUACAACAACAACAACAAUUACAACAACAACAACAACAACAAUUACAACAACAACAACAACAACAACUACAACAACAACAACAACAACAACAACAACAAUUACAACAGCAACAACAAUUGCAACAGCAACAACAACAGCAAUCAACAUCUCAUAUCCAUUUCUCAACUGCUCCUACACCAAUAGUAUCUCAUCAUUAUAAUUUACAACAACCACUGCAACAAUAUCCACAAAAUAUUUAUAGCCAUACUAAUAUAUUAAAUCAAAACAAUAACUCAAAGCCAAUCAAUACUAAUAGUAGUAGUAGUAAUAAUAAUAAUAAUAAUAAUAAUAAUAAUAAUAAUAAUAAUAAUAAUAAUAAUAAUAAUAAUAAUUGUAAUUAUAAUAAUAGCAAUAAUAGUUAUAAUAAUAAUACUACUAAUACUAAUAAUAACCCAAACAAUAAAAGGAGCCAAACAAAGAAUCAACAACAACAACAACCACAACCACAACAACAACAACUUCAACAACAACAACCACAACAAUCUGUAAUUAAUGUAAAUAAAAAAACAACAAAAGUUUCAAAAACAAAAACAUCAAAUCAAAAAUUAACUGUAAAUAAUAAUAAUAAUAAUAAUAAUAAUAAUAAUAAUAAUAAUAAUAAUAAUAAUAAUAAUAAUAAUAAUAAUAAUAAUAAUAAUAAUAAUACUAUUCAGCAACAACAACAACAACAAUCAAAUGAUAUUAAACUUUUGUUAAAAAAUAGUAUAUAUAGUAGUAGAAAUGAUUUAAAGGAAUUAUUAAGUCAACCAACAGAAUAUACAGAUUCAGAAUAUCCAGAGAUAGUUGGUAAAUAUAGGAUAUUGGAAAAGAUUGGACAAGGUACAUUUAGUGGUGUUUAUAAAUCAGUUUGUAUCGAUGGUCCAAAUAUUGGUUUAAUUGUAGCAUUGAAACGUGUUGCACCAACUUCAUCACCUGCAAGAAUUUUAAAUGAAAUUCAUAGUCUAUUAAGAGUUGGUGGUCAUUAUAAUGUUUCAGCAUUAUUUGGUGCAUUAAGAUACAAAGAUCAAGUGACUUUGAUUCUACCUUUCUUUGAGCACGAUUCUUUUAAAGAUUACUUUUUUCAAAUGUCAAAUGAAAAUAUUAAACAUUAUCUAUACGCUCUAUUCGAUUCCUUACGUCAUAUUCAUCAAAAUAAUAUUUGCCAUCGUGAUGUAAAACCAACAAACUUUUUAUAUUCUAUAAAAAAUAAUUCUUUUCUUUUAAUUGAUUUUGGUUUGGCUCAAGAAAUGCCAAAUUCAAAUUCAAAUUCAAAUUCAAAUUCAAAUUCAAAUUCAAAUUCAAAUUCAAAUUCAAAUUCAAAUUCAAAUUCAAAUAAUAAUAAUAAUAAUAAUAAUAAUAAUACCAAUAAUAAUUUUAAUGGAAAUAAUAGCAAUAAUGAUUUCAAUAAUUUUAUAAAUAUGAAUAAUAGUAAUAGUAAUAAUAAUAAUAAUAAUAAUAGUAAUAAUAAUAAUAAUAAUAAUAAUAAUAAUAAUAAUAAUAAUAAUAAUAAUAGUAAUAAUAAUAAUAAUAGUAAUAAUAGCCAAGAAGAAAUAAUAUUACCAUCAACUAACGAAAAUGGUACAACAACUUCAAAUGCUUCAUCAACUUCAAAUACUACUUCAUCAUCAUCAUCCUCUUCAAAUAAAUCAAAAAAUUUAAGAAAUGAUCCAAAACCACAACCAGCACCAAGAGCAGGUACAAGAGGAUUUAGAGCACCAGAAGUAUUAUUAAAAUAUAAUAAACAAACUACAGCAAUUGAUAUUUGGUCAGUUGGUGUAAUUUUAUUAUGUAUGAUCUCUGGUAGAUAUCCAUUUUUCAUUUCUCCUGAUGAUAUGACAAGUCUAGCAGAGAUAGUUUCAAUCAUUGGUACAAAGAAAAUCGUUGAUAUCGCUCAUCUUUUAGAGAAGAAAAUUUCAAUCUCUCAUUCAAUACCUCCAACACCUUGGAGAGAUCUAUCUAGAAGACUAAGAAGUGAAUCAAGUUGUGAUAAACAAGAUGUCCCUGUAGAGUUGUAUGAUUUAUUAGAACGUUGUUUAGAUCCUAAUCCAUUAACUAGAAUUACUGCUUCUGAAGCUUUACUUCACCCUUUUUUAGUUGUUAAUAAUAAUAGUAAUAAUAAUAAUAAUAAUAGUUAA